AGCAGUCGUGCCUUAGAAGUCACGGAAACAAUAUCGAUGUUUCUUGGACGGUUAUAUUUCUUAUAUAAUCCUUAGAGAAUAUUUAUCUCUUUACUAUUUGUCUAUAUUAUUUUAAAAGUAUAAAAAUAUAGUUGUGAUCAUGAGUUUCGCCCGCAAGACGCUAAUUAAUCUUUGUAUUGUCCUUUCAAUUUCAUCGAUCUGCACAGGGAUGGAUCUUUACUCCUUGACCAUGGACCAAAAUUAUGCAUCCGGACUUAUCGAUUGCAUUAUUGAUGCUAAACCAUGCGACGAAGCAGGAGAAGAUAUUAAAGGAAACUUUUAUUUCAGCAUUGGUGCUAGCAGUAUUGCUAAAUGAUUGCAAAAGAUGUACUCCGGUUCAAGCCGAGCAAGGUCGUAAAAUUAUGCAGUAUUUAGAAGCACAUUACCCACUGGAAUGGUUGGAAGUCUUUCGGCGAUAUAUUUACUAAUUCUAAAUUAAUUUUUGACUUGUGACUAUGAUCCAACAAUUAUAAAUUCUAUAUUUUAUUUAACAAUACUGUAGGGAAAUUAGGUAAAAUAAACUUGAUAACAUAUAU